AUGGACCAGUGCAAGUAUGACUUUGAGGAGGAAGCGGCUCGCCCGAUCAAUGUGGCCAUCGGCUUCAUCCUGGUCACGGGCACAGCUAUUAGCAUAAUUCCCGCACAUGUGAAAAUUUGGUCAAAGCGCAGCUGCGAGGGCGUUUCUCAAGCAACCAUCUUGCUGACAAACGCAGCCUAUACUUGCCUUGCUUGGAACAUGAUGAUGCUGAAGUUUCCCCAAAUAGAGUCUUGCAGAUUGAAUUGGUGGCUCUGUCAGGCCAAUCUUUUAGCCUUCUACCAGGUUCUGGUUCAGUGGCUCUUAUUCUUUCCCCUCUAUUCCUGGUGCACGCAUUUUGGAGAGGAAGGCCAAAAGCGCUGGUCUCGGAAGGCCUGGCUUGCUCAGGUAGGAAUGUUGCUUUGCGGUACCGGGGGCCUGAUUCUCUGGUCCUUGCUCUCAGAUUGCUCCUGGACCAUACGGCUUGUUGCAAGCGGCUUGGGAUACAUCUCUGCUUUUCUGAAUGGCGUGCGCCAGAUCCCACUCUCCGUGAAGGGCUCCGGCAGUGUCAGCUACACCUUCUACGGCUUGAUGGGUUUGGGGGGUAUCCUCAAUCUCUACUUCCAGAUUGACGGCUCGAAGGAACGACUGACCACCGUCCUCUCGACAGCAGUUGGCUGUGCCAUGAUUCUGGUGGUGCUGGUGCUCUGUGCAUACUAUGACUGUCGCGUCGAGCUCAAGCUGGUCCAGCGGCCUCAGGGUCGCCAGGUGGUUUGGUACGGGACGGGGCCCGGAGGCAAUGGAAACCUGAUGCUGGAGACGAGCCUAGGUAGAGCUGGUGCCAUGCCCUCACACUUCGUGAAUCUCGAGGGCACGGCCCUUGGUUGCCUGUCGCGGCUGAGCACGCGCAGCAGCACUGGCAGCCGGGCCAGCGGCAACCGGGCACAUGAGCUUGCGGCUGUUUAUCUGAUUGUAUCUGUAGACCAGCUGUCGGACGAGUCGUUGGCUUUUACAGGAGAUUCUGUUCAGCCCAAGCGGGAGCGUUCCGUCCGAGUGGUGGAUUCGGGUUUUGUAAAGGUUUCACUCGCGAACAAAGGUGGGUCGCCUUUGGUUCUCGAAAGGUGGGAGGCUUACAUAAGUUCGCAAGAAGCCAUCGAAGGCACGCUGCAAGCUAGUCGCGCUUCGCCUCCCAGCGAUGGCCAGAAUCAGAAGCUGCGCCAAGGAAUCAUUUGGCAUGGUGAAGUGCGGCUCGUGCAUUUCCCCGGUAGGGCGCGCUUUGCAGUGCCGGAGCUUCAAAUCCCGACACCCGCCCCGCACUUUCGCGCGAAGUUCAAUCCAGAGGGCGCCGGCAGCGACCAAACCGAAGGCCUUCCACCACUGGCACCGGGACCUCUUCCCGGCUUAGCGCCGCGGCUUACGGCUGAGGUUCUCAGCAAGCUAGACCGAGAGAGCCGGAGAAGCGGCACGGCGAGUGCCCGGCUCGUGGCCGCCAUGGGGAGCGCUCCUUCGCAGCAGCAACAACAGCACCUACAGCAGCAAUCGCAACAGCCGCCCCCACCACCGCGGCAGCCACAGCAGCAGCGCGGAGUUUCUCUGCCGCCGCUGCCGCGUACACAGCGGCUGAUGGCAGCAGCUUCUGCAGAUCAAGCAGAUUCCACGCCUUCGAACGCGCCCUCGAAGAAGCCAGGGCGAUCUUCGAGUGCGCAGCCCUUGCAGCCCUUGCCCCGCCGGCGGCCUCGACCUCGAGGGAACGGCCCUGUGCAGAGCUUGGACUGGCAGUCGAAAGAGGCCUGGCGGGCGACGGACGGUGUCCUCAUGCGCGCCUACGCGGCCCGAGUGGAGAAGGAUGCCCCGACCAUACCGUGCCCGCACUGCGGCCGGAAGCCGCUCGCAAAGUGA